AAAGGAAAGUUCACAUCACGCUGUCCCAGGUAUUAAGGGGGUAGGUUUGUGGACAGAAUAGUGACUGGCCGCCCCGAAUUCCCACGAGAAUUGUUCGUUAAAUGCUACAUGUCUAAGGAGGACAUUAAAAAAUAACAGUGAUUCCAGUAGUUAGUCGCGAGGCAACAAAAGACCGGACUGAACUUAUUUUUUUAUUUUAAGUUAGAUGAAGGUACUUGUCUGCGUUCGUGGACGAACUAUUUUCCAGAUUGCUGUUGGGACUCUGCUCAGAUUUAAUCAUUGCGACUACCAUUGUAUUUUUAACUGUUUUUUCCCAAAAUGAUUGGUUUUACCUGGCUCCUGUUCUGCGGGCUGCUUCACGUCUCUGUCCUGCACGCGGCAUGCCCACCGCGCUGCGAAUGUUCCGAAGCUGCGCAAACUGUUAAGUGUGUUUCCAAGGACCUGCGACACAUACCGACCGGGAUCCCCGGUUACACGCGGAACCUUUUCAUCACUGGGAACCACAUAAGUCGAAUCGGAUCAGAGUCGUUUAAAGGACUCGAUAACGUGACCACGCUGUCAUUGAGCAACAACGGGAUCACAGAGCUGGAGCCCCAGGCUUUCUCUGGCCUGCACAGCCUCCUCUUCCUGGACCUGAGCGGCAACCGCCUGGCGGCGAUCCCCCCCGAGGCACUGACGGUCCCGGGCAGGACGCUGCAGGAGCUGAACCUGAGCCGGGCCCUCCGGGACCCCUCCGCCGGGGCCGACCUGGCCCGCCUGCUCCGGGGGGGCGCCCUGAGCGGUCUGCGCGGGCUGGACCUGUCCGGGAACGCGCUCGGGACCCUCCCCCCCGGCACCUUCCGCCGCCUCCCCGCCCUCCGGCGCCUCCUGCUGGCCAACAACUCCCUGGCGGCGCUGCGGAACGGCACGCUGGCCGGCCUGGGGCGCCUGGAGGAGCUGGACCUGAGGCGCAACGCCUUCCGGGGCUUCCGGGGCGAGAGCCUGGCCGAGCUGGAGGCGGCGCCGCGCGCCCGGCUGCUCCUGGCCCACAACCCGCUGUCCUGCUCCUGCGCCGCGCUGCCGCUCGCCCGCUGGCUCAACGGCUCGCGGGAGCGGCCCGCCGACGCCGAGCGGCUGGCCUGCGCCUCGCCGCCCGCGCUGCGGAACUACACCCUGCUGGAGGCGGGCGGGGCGCCGGGCGGCUGCCUGGAGGACGAGGCGGGCGAGGGCGGCGAGGGCGGCGGGGGCGCCGACCUGGCCCUGCAGACCUCCUACGUCUUCCUGGGCGUGGUGCUGGGCUUCGUGGGCGUGGUCUUCCUCUUCGUCCUCUACCUGAACCGCAAGGGCAUCAAGCGCUGGAUGUUCGACACGCGGGACGCCUGCAGGGAGGCGCUGGAGGGGUACCACUACCGCAUGGAGGUGGAUUCGGACCCGCGCCUGUCCCAAGUCUCCACCACAGCCGACCUGUGAUCCCCGGGGGGGGGGGGGGAUCACACACCACACCCCUGCUUCUGUCCCAGAUGGAGAUUUGCACCGCCAGCGGAUUUGGAAAGCCUGUAAAUGCCACGUGUACAUAUGCAGCGUAUGUAAAUACAUAAACGUCCAGCGAUAUCCUUCAGCAACAUUUUCGUCUCUAUGAAAGCAUGCGCGACCUGCCUGAUUUCAGUGUGCCGUCCAUCCGGUCCUCCGCUCCAUCCAUGGCCCAGGGUGGGCAGCAGGCUCAGACAGUCAUCACCUGAGGACUUGAGAGUUACCCCAGACCGGCUAAAGACUCAGAGAGCAAACGAGCGAACGUCGACCCCCUCCUAAAACCGUGCGCCCUCCUAUUGCGAAGUGCCUUGACCGCUAGAGGUUUUAGUAAGACCCCCUCUCCAUCCCCUCUCUCGCACAGUGACCGGUGGUGCGAUGCUUGACGAGGGAUGGGUUGUCUCUUGUUUUUUUGCUUAGUCCCGGUUUAGGACCGCACUCCACAGUGUAAGGAAAGGAUUUUUUCUACAGCAUAGAACGUUUGCGAUUUUGGGAGAGGGUCAUAAAGCACCGGUAAGUGGUGAGGAGGGGUGAAACUCACCCCUAAUUUUUGCAGGAGAGGGCCAAACCCACCUGUGAUUUUGGGAGAGGGCCAAACUAACCUGCGAUUUUGGGUGAAGGCCAAACUAACCUGUGAUUCUGGGAGGGGGCCAAAACCCACCUGCAAUUUUGGGAGAGGGCCAAAGUAACCCGUGAUUUUGGGCGAAGGUCGAUGAAACUUUCAAUGGUGGCGAAGGGUCAAAGGCACCUGUUGUUCUGGGAGGGGGGGGGUCAAGCUGACCUGUGAUGUUGAGGAUGGGGUCCCCAGACGGGACGCCCCCCCCCGUGCGGAUGUGGCAGGGGGAACGCCCUGGAGCGCUGAGGCUCGCCUGCUUGUUUUUGCUCAGCCUGGAUUUUCAGGGUGAUGAGAACCAGCCCUGUUCCAUCCCACCCCCCCCCCCCACCGGAAGACAGCAGUCAGACUGAAAGCGCUUUGGAGAGGGGGAGUGGAGGGGGGGGGGGGGGGGUGAGCUGGAUCCUGCAUGUCACAAAUUCUCCAGCUGCGCCUGUUUAAAGGACUUGCAGUGAUAAGACACAGAUGACUUUGAUUGUGUCAGGAAUCCAAGUUUCUCUCAAAGGGGUUUUUCAUCUGCGCGUCCUGGAACCGUUCACAUUUAGCAUCUCCUCCUAUUUUUUUCGCUAGCCAGAGAACUUUUUUGUCGUAGCAAAGAGCAAAGCGUUUACUCUACUCACAUGGCGAACGCGGCAAUAUUCAUCAGCGCAGUUAUUCCGCGUGCUUCAGAACUCAUUUCGACGGCUGCCUGUCGGCAGGCCGCGUGUACAGGACGAGCACGUCGGCGUAGGUUAGCGACGCGAGCGCCGUUUCCUGCCGUUCUCGGUACCUGCAAUCGGUUAAACCAACGGGGAGUUCCUCCUCUGCUGGGCUUCUCCCAGCCGGUGACCGUGACAGAUACAUUUGCACUGUCUGUGCUUUUGCCAUUCCUGUUUAACUGACCUUUUUUUUUAAAAAAAAAAGCAAACUCUUGAAUUUGGACAUUUUUCUUGGUAUUUGAGCCCAAAACAUGCUCCAGUUCUGUACAUGUUGCCUGUUUUUAUUUUUUAUUUUUUAAUCACCGGAGAAUAAAACAUUAAUCACCAGAGAA